AUGGCCUGCUCCCACCUCGCCGCCGCCUCCUCUUCACCGGCGACCACCGCCGCCGCGCUGCGUGCACGGGCGACGUCCCCUGCCGCCGGUUUCGCGCGCCUUCCUGCCACCCUCCAUCCUGAGAACGGUGGGUUGGCCCUCAGGGGCAGGAGGGCGGUGACGCCGGUAGUCGCCGCCGCCGGGCCGGCCGCCGCGGCGCCGGUGGCCGACCGUGACGGAACCCCGGCCGCGGUGAAGCAGCCCAUUAUCGUCAUCGACAACUAUGAUAGCUUUACCUACAACCUGUGCCAGUAUAUGGGGGAGCUUGGAUUAGAUUUUGAGGUGUACCGUAAUGAUGAACUUACCAUAGAGGAGGUAAAGAGGAUGAAACCACGAGGAAUACUUAUUUCUCCAGGGCCUGGUGAACCGCAAGAUUCAGGUAUAUCAUUGCAGACUGUUCUGGAACUUGGGCCAACCAUCCCAAUAUUCGGAGUUUGCAUGGGUCUGCAGUGCAUUGGAGAGGCUUUUGGAGGGAAGAUUAUUCGUGUUCCUUCUGGUGUGAUGCAUGGAAAAAGCUCUCCAGUUUACUAUGACGAAGUUCUAGGAAAGUCCAUAUUCGAGGGCUUGUCAAACCCUUUUACCGCCGCAAGGUAUCAUAGCCUGGUCAUUGAGGAGGAAAGCUUCCCACACGAUGAACUGGAAGUCACGGCAUGGACUGAAGAUGGACUUGUCAUGGCUGCUCGCCACAAGAAGUACACGCAUAUCCAGGGGGUCCAGUUCCACCCAGAGAGCAUCAUCACCCCUGAAGGCAAGAGGAUCAUCCUCAACUUUGCGAGAUACGUCGAGGAGUUUGAGAAGCAGACCUCCGAGGGGAAGUAG